AUGGGAGCGAACAACAGCGUACCGGCAGAGCUGGCGGCGCAGUGCCACCUGUCGCCCGACCAGGUGAAGCAUCUGGUGAAGGCCUUCCAGAAGAAGAACAAGAAGGGGAAGCCCAUCAACAAGGAGGUCUUCAUGCACGUGCUGGGCAAGCUCGACUACUCGCUGCGCGCCAAGAGCCCGCUGCUGGUCAACCACGAGAACCUCGACAUCCUCUACUCCACCCUCGACGUCAACCACGACGGCACUC